AUGACAUUGCAAAUCAGCACUAGCAACAUUGACUUCACGAUCAUAGUAUAUUUGAAGCCACUUCAAUGGGUGUAUUAAUUAAUGUAAUGUUGACACUACAGAACAUAUCAGAUGAUAACUUUACAUUUGAUCAGUUCAAUAAUACAGAUCUAUCAUCUAAUACCACUCCCUCAUAUUUAGCAUUGCGCAUUGGCGCCAUCGUAAUGUUAGUGGCUUUAUUGUGGGGUCUUUUCGCCAAUGCUCUGACCACGUAUUCCAUUUUAACAAACAGGGACUUAAAGAAUAUUACUAACAUGUUUAUAGUGAGUUUGUGUAUAAAUGACAUCAUGAACCUAGUCAUAUCAAAUUUCAUGGUGCUUAUCUCCUACUUUAUGAUGAAAUGGUCUACUGGUCUAAUUGUGUGUGAAAUCGUCACACAUUUUACUGUUCUUCUAAUGGGGUCAUCAUUGUGGCAUACAGGUCUUAUUGCUAUUCAUCGCCUCAUUGUUGUUUGUUUCAACGGUUUUUAUAAAAAAAUUUCUAAACGAGCCUACACAAUAUUUGUGUUAACCACCGCACGCAUUGUGCCAUUAUUAUUUCUUAUACAACCACAUCUCGGGAAUAUGUCUCACUAUGAGCCUAAACUAUUGCGUUGUAUCAUUAGGAAGGGGUUCGGGCUUUAUACAAUGUUUGUUAGUGUGGUAUUAAUGAUAAUGCCCUCUGUUAUGCUUAUCAUCUGUUAUGUCGCAAUAUUUAUAAAAGUUCAUAGAUCGUCCAGUGUCUUCAGGGGAAAGCGGAAAAGAGAAUGGCUUCGAAGAGAAAUUCAGAUUACUAAAAUGUUCGGCCUGGUGUUUCUGGUCAUCAUAAUUGGAUACUUGCCAUAUGGAAUUGUCAGGAGCAUUGAUAAGCAGUUGUUGUUGAGUGCAGACUUUUAUGUGGCAAUUUCGGUUCUAUAUGCUGUGGCAAAUAGUUGUAACCCGAUUAUAUACGGCUCUAUGGACAGAAAUAUUCGAAGAGCAUGUUUUCAAGUUCUGAAUCUUGACAAUAUGUGCAUGAAAUAUGAGGGUAAACUUCGGAAAAGCAGCUCAGACAACAUUAAUGGACAUAAAAGUGAAAUUCCGAGUGACGAAAUCACCGAAGCUUUACCAUUAAACGCAAGCCAUCCCAAUGAAUAAGCCUUUAAUGCAUUGGUGACUAUUGAAGUGAAUGUAUUAUAAAUAUAUUGUUGAGUGGUUCAUGGCCUCAAAUAUUUGUUCUUA